AUAGCUAGAGAUCGAUGCCAUGGCUUCUUCCGUGAUAUCUUCCUUCGCCAUUUUAUUUCAAUUUGAAUUCAUCACCUUCCAUUUCUCAUCACACCCAAUAGGAUCACAAUCCUGAUUCUGGUUCCUGUGUUGGUGGAACUAUCGACGGUAGCUCUUUGAUUGAUAGAUGUCUGGGAGCUGAGAAAAUUUAAACCUUUUGAUAUCAAAAAUCGAUCUUGCACAGCUAUUGCUUGGAUCUGUUGUUGAUGGGGAGAUGCAGUUCAAUUUUGGGAUUGAGUUUACGGAGAUGAUGUGGGUUACUGAAUGGUGAAAUUUGUUGAGUAGCUUGCUUCUCGUGUCAUAAGUGACGUGAUUGUAAGACAUCACACUCAGUUGGCCCGAGCAUGUCGGUUAAAGUGGCAAAUGCUUAUCGCGCUGUGGCCACGUCCUUGUCCGAAUCAACGAGUGAGAGCAGGGUUCGUGUUGUCAGUCUGAGUCAAGUGCCUCGGUGGGGUGAUGCCGGGCAUAGGAAUUCCGUGGCUUAUGAGAGCGAAGAACCUUUGUUAUCCACAUCUGAUUCUGCUGAUCCUCUUGCAUCUAUUACUAGUGUGGCAAGCACAAGCUAUGGGACGCCUUCGAAGUUCCCGGUGGACCAUGAGAUUAACUCCAAGAUUUAUAUUUGGAGGGGAGUCCCAUGGAAUCUUGAAGUUGAUGCUGUUGUGAACUCUACAAAUGAGAAUUUGGAUGAAGACCACAGUAGUCCUGGUUUGCAUGCCACAGCCGGGCCCACUCUUGCUGAAGAGUGUGCUACUCUGGGUGGAUGUCGAACAGGAAUGGCUAAAGUUACAAGUGGACACGAUCUUCCAGCAAGGAGGGUGAUGCACACUGUUGGUCCAAAAUAUGCAGCGAAAUAUCAUACUGCUGCAGAGAAUGCUUUAAGUCAUUGCUAUAGAUCUUGCCUUGAACUUCUCAUUGAGGAGGGGCUUCAGAGCAUUGCUAUGGAUUGCAUAUACACUGAAGCAAAGAACUAUCCUCGUGAAUCAGCUGCCCAUGUUGCUAUCAGAACUGUUCGCCGUUUCCUUGAGAAACAAAAGGAUAAAAUCACAGCUGUUGUAUUCUGCACAACAAAAGCUUCCGAUACAGAGAUCUACCAAAGAUUGCUUCCGUUUUACUUUCCCCGUGAUAAAGAUGAAGAGCAGGCAGCAAUAUCGAAGCUUCCUGCAGAUGUGGGGGAUGAGAACGGUGGGGCAAUUAUAGAUGAACGUAAAAUACGAAUACAACCUUUGCCAAAGAAGGCACCUUCGAAGCCUCCUCGAGCCCCAGUAGAUCUUCCUGCCAGCAAUGUUGGCUUGAUAAGAAGGAACUCAUCCUACUUGGAUUCAUAUUUAGAUCCUGCUUUCAUGUCCCCGAUUAGAGAUCCAGAUCAAAGACGGGAGGAGCUAUGGGAAAAAUCAGCCCAAUCACAAAGUGGAUGGAAUUGUUUCAAAAUGCUUGGAUUUGGCAACUUUGGAGGCCUCUUGUUAUCCCCAGUUGAAGAAUAUUCUCUUCAUUCAAGAUACCUUUCUAGAGCUAAUUCUCUUAAUCUCUCUGAUAUUGCAGAGAUGAAAAUUUUAUACCGUGGAGGGGUAGAUAGUGAAGGUCGGCCAAUAAUGGUAGUGGUGGGAGCUCAUUUUUUGCUGCGCUGCCUCAAUCUGGAGCGAUUUGUUCAUUAUGUUGUGAAGGAGUUCGAGCCCUUGAUACAGAAACCUUACUCAAUAGUCUAUUUUCACUCUGCAGCAUCUUUACAGCUUCGACCUGAUCUGGGAUGGAUAAGGAGAUUACAACAAAUACUCGGUCGUAAACACCAGCGUAACUUACAUGCAAUAUAUGUUCUUCACCCAACUUUCCACCUAAAGGCCUCAAUUUUCGCCCUACAGUUGUUUGUGGACAGUGCGGUGUGGAAGAAAGUGGUAUAUGUUGAUUGGCUCCUCCAACUGUUCAAAUACGUACCCCGUGAGCAGCUGACUAUUCCCGACUUUGUAUUCCAGCACGAUAUCGAAGUGAAUGGAGGGAAGGGGCUCGUUGUGGACCCCAGAACGAAGUUUGUCGUGAAUCCUCGACAAUGAGUAUUCACUUAUCGGAGUUAAAGAUCUGAUCGGGACCUUCCGUGAACGAAUCGAUAUUAAAUUAUUUGUAUCAAUAUUCUUUCAUUGAUAUCCUUUUUCCCCCUUUUGGUUAAAUAUGUCCACGGUCUGUAUUUGUAUGAUUGAAGAAAUAAAGAAGUCACCAUUUUUUUCUGAA